CUUUUUUUUUUUGUCUUCUUUUUCUCUCUCUUUUGUCAUUACUCACCUUUUUUUUGUUUGUCUUCCUUAAUUUUUUUCUCUUUUUCAUUAUUAUACCAUAUACAUGACAGAAACAACUCGUCCUGAAAGAGAAGUAGCAGCUAGAAAAUGGAUCAAUGAUAACGAAAGCGACAGUGAUCAAGAAGUUGGACUGGUUCCUCAUAAUCGUGGCUAUAAAUUGAAGGGAUGGGCUGCUUCCGAUUCUCAAUUUGGUGGAAACAAACUACGUGCUCCAAAGUCAUUAGCAGAAGAAACUGAAUUGAUCAAAGCGGGCAAGAAACACACAGUAGUCAAACGAAAACGACGUUUCCUAGAAGAAGAGGCAUCCGAUGAAGAAGAUCCAUAUACGCUCAUCAACAUAGAAGAUAUAUUGAGUCCAAUUGAAACACCUACAGAUAUUGUCCAACGACCAGCUCUACGUCGUAUUUUGAAAUCCAAACAAAUUGAUGCAUUAGCAGGAACAGCUAUGGAAUUCAUUGAAGGUGAAAAGAAUUUUAACAAGGUACUAUGUCGAUUAUCUUCUAUUUUACAUCAAGAUGACCCACAGUAUCUGGAUCUGGACUUUGAAUCAAAUGACAAAACGGAUGGAAAUAACAAAACUGGUCAAGAAGAAGAUGAUGAAACCAUCAAAGAUGAAUCAAUAGCCACUGAUCCUAUUGUCAAGAAAGAAGAGGAAGAUGUGAAUACAAAUGCAGCUGAAGUAGUUCGACAUGUGAAGGAAUUAUUAUUGGAAAAUAUCAAUUAUAGUAAUGAAUAUUUAUCAAGAUUACAAGGUGCUCGUGACAAAUUGACCAAGGCUAGAUUACAAAAAGAUGCUUUAUAUAAUGAACUUCAAUCUCAAUUGACUGAACAACGAAGACUUUCUGCCACUCCUCGACGACGCUGAUCAAUCUAUUUCUUUCUCUUACUCUUCUUUGCAUAGUUUUUAGUCCUUACUAUUCGUACCUUUUUAUAGUAUAUACAUCACAUUUUUAUAUAUAAAUUUUUAUUACUUUUUUUUUUUGUUCUUUUGUAUUUGAAGAAAAUAAAAUGAAAUCAAUCAAUUUAAAAAAAAA